AUGUCUUUGCCAUCUCGCGACGAGUACGACGUCAUCUUCGCAGGAGGAGGCACCGCGGGCUGCCUCGCCGCAAGCAGGUUGGCGACUGCAGACCCUGCUCUCAAGAUCCUAAUCCUUGAGCAAGGCCCGCAUACCAACAACAUCCCCGCACAUACACAGCCGGCGCGUUUCAUCAGCCAUCUCGUUCCAUCAAGCAAGACGGUCACAUUCAAUGCAGGAGUAGAGAGCAAGGAACUGGCUGGGCGGUCGCUCAUCGUUCCGUCUGGGAAGUGCCUGGGAGGAGGGUCUAGUGUGAACUUCGCGAUGUAUACCCGCGGAUCGACGUCCGACUACGAUGAGUGGGAGACCACGUAUAGGAACCCGGGUUGGGGCUCGAAGGAUCUCAUUCCUCUGUUCAAGAAGACCGAAACCUAUCAAAUUCGACCCGAUCAACCAACACAUGGGUACUCUGGCCCACUCAAGGUCUCUUAUGGUGGAAAGUAUCUCGAGAUCGCUAAGGAGUUCCUCGACGUCGCCUCCAAGAUAGACAAGAGAAGAGAAAUGGCCGACGACACGAACGACUUGCAUACGUGUAAUCAGUACGGAAGAUGGCAUAUGUGGGUAGAUGAGAAGAAUGGCACGCGAUCGGACGUCCCGCAUCAUUUCCUAUACAACCAAAACUUCAAGAACCUCGAAAUCUCCGUCGGAAAGCGGGUGCACAGAAUUAUCUUUGAAGGCGACAAGGCAGUGGGAGUCGAGUUCACCCACGACCUGCAGACCGCUCCUGAUGCGGAAACACAUACGAUAUACUCUGUACGCGCCUCAAAACUCGUCGUGGUAUCGGCAGGCGCGUUUGAGUCGCCCACGAUCCUUGAACGCUCCGGUAUCGGUGCGAAGGAGAUCCUCGAGAAGCAUGAAGUUUCUCAGAUUGUCGAUCUGCCUGGUGUUGGCGAGACCUAUCAAGAUCACCAAGUCGUGUUCUGCCCAUUUGAGGCGAGCGAAGAUGCUGAGACGAUGGAUGCCAUCUACCGGGGCGAGGAUCCUGACGUGAGAGACGCACUAAAUGAAUGGUAUCGAGACGGGAGAGGUUUGAUCGCUCAGAACGGCAUCGAUGCGGGAAUCAAAAUGAGACCACACGACGGCGAGCUCCCGGCCCUCGGCGAAGUGUUCAACGCGAGAUGGAACGAGCACUUCAAAGAUGUCAAGUCGCGCCCCGUUAUGAUGCUCAACGCUGUCGCGUCGUUCAUCGGUGAUCCUUCGAGUGUUCCACCGAAGAAGUAUUUCAGUAUUUCUUAUUGUGCACUUCACCCCGCGUCCGUCGGAUCCGUCCACAUUAGUUCAGGAUCCGAUCCACAUGCUUCGCCCGUUUUCAAGGAUGGCUACCUAACACACCCGUCGGACAUCUUGACCCUCCGUUGGGGCUACAAACAGGCACGCGAAUAUGCGCGCCGAAUGCGUUCAUAUCGCGGCGAGUACGUGCCCGCCCACCCCAAGUUCAAGGAAGGCAGCCCGGCAUCUUGUAGUAGUGCGCGAAUCGGGCCAUAUGCUGCGGACGAACCCAUAAUUAGAUACGGACCAGAGGACGACGCCGCGCUGGAUCAGUUCCAUCGCAAGGCCGUACAGACAGGGUGGCAUUCGCUUGGCACAUGCGCUAUGAAGCCUCGAGACCAGGGAGGCGUACUUGAUGCCCGACUGAAUGUGUAUGGGGUGAGGAACCUUAAAGUCGCGGAUAUGUCCAUUGCCCCGGGCAACGUGUCUGCUAACACAUAUUCAACCGCGCUAGUUAUCGGUGAGAAAGCUGCUGUGUUGAUUGGAGAAGAUUUGGGGAUCCGGGGUGUAUGAGUUGCCUUAUUGAUGUUUCUAUUCUAAGUUCCAUCACUUCAUACUUCUUGAUCGAAUUCUGAUACUCGUAGCAAUCUCGAUGAAGUUACAG